AUGGCUGAGGACGAGGGUGGCCUUCGGUCAAGUCCAAAUGGAGUCUCGGAUUUUGUUGAGCACUCAUUUCUCAGUUACAUCAUUCCCCAGGCAACGGACCUUGACCUAGAGGAACUCUCUACAGAAGCUACCGACACGGGAUCAGUGUUUGACACGAUAGAGCAGCGCAAGACUCUCUUCUUUGACGAAACGGUGGACGUGCACAUCAUUCUGCGCACACCGCUUGCCGAUGAGACGACUCUCCGCGCCUACCUGUCAAGGCUGCACAUCUCUCUCGAGGCACAGAUCGUCAACAGCCAAGCGCAGGAUCGAGAUGGUCCCCCGGCGUCUGACACCAUCUUUGAAGGUGUGGUGGAGGAAACCGACGACCCUUUUAUCGUAGUCGACGCCGCCGAGGAGAGUGACAGCGACGACGAGCAGAGCCAGCCACAUGUCUAUGCUGUCUGGAAGCUGCCCGUCUUUCUCUCGAGGCCACGCAUCAGGUUGCAGGGUCCCUCUGUUGUUUUCCGCGCUUCGGCAAGCCUGAAGCCCGAUGACCAGUCCACAGCCGUCGGCGAGAAGGCCGGCUACCUUCGAAGCGGCGUGCCCGCGGGCUUUAACCUGCUGGAUUCUCUCUACGGCGACCCGGCGCUCCAAGGCGUGGCCCCCAAGCUCUCGGCGUUGCGUGUGUCGCGCGUCGCUCCCGUGACGCAGACGAAGGAACACAUGCAGCCUAUUCGAACGCAGCCCAGUCUCGAGAUCAACGUCUUCCCGGCGAUACACACGCGCGUACGCUUCUCCAGACCCAACACCAUCCCCACGAGCGCCGCCCUGAUUGCGCUGCUCGAGAUCGACUUGACACCGCAUUUUGACUGCAAGGUCACCAUCGACAGCAUCAAGCUGUCUGUUCCUGACGGUACCAUUGAGAACCUCAACGAACAGUCUGGCUUGACGCUGCCCAUGACCUGUGUCGCCCACGAUCACGUCACGCUCCUCUACCGCCUGGCCCCAAAGCAACUCGAGACGACGACAAAGAUUCCGACACGCGACCUCGACAUCACAAUCGAGGGCACCAUACACGCCAUCCCCGGUGUCUGCACGCCCAAAUUGACUCUCUCCUGGUCCACGCUUCUCGACUUUACCCUCCCCGUCAACCCCGGCUUUGGCUCUGCCCCGCAGGCCAUUCAGCGCGCCCAUCGCCCGUCCCAGCUCUCCAUAGGCGGCUCCGAGAUGGCGCAGUCUCUCACCGCCCCGGCCGUGAGCCGCCCCGACGCCCUGCCGGCCCUCGAAGCCGCGACGUCGCGCACGACAGAAACCGCCAUCCCCGAGCUCGGCCUCACCAUGACUUUCCGCGCACCACCGGGGCCCCUCUACCCCGGCGAACCCUUUUCCUGGACCGUCUACGUCGUGAACCGUGUCCCCGAGACGCCAGCCACGAGCGGGAACAGCGCUGGAAACGCCGCUGCCGCCGCCGCCGUCGUUCCGCCGCGCAAGCUCGCCCUCGUCGCCAUCCCCAAGCGCCGUCGCAACGAGGCCCGCUCCGUGCGCCCACCUUCGACCUCGGGACGCGGCAAGACGCUCCUCGACGCGCGGCAGACGGCCGAUGCCGUCCUCGACGAGAACGUCGUCCACGCCAUGCAGCGCAGCUCCCUCGUCGACGCCACAGAGGUCCUCUGCCUGAGCGCCGACACGCGCGUCGGGCCCCUGGCGGCCGGCGCCUGCCACGUCGUCGAGCUCAAGUUUGUCGCGCUGCGGGCGGGCAUCGUCGGCGUUGAGGCCAUUCGCGUCAUCGACCUCGGCACGUCCGAGCACGUCGACGUCCGGGACCUGCCUGUCAUGGUGGUGGAGGAGGAGGAGGGGCGAGCGCCGUCUAGGACAGAAAGUUGCGCGUGA